AUGGCCGACACGGCAAGCCAGAUCCACGACGCCAGCAACGCCAAGUCGUCGAGCGCUCCAAAGGACAAGAACUGUCCCUACUGCGGCCAGGCGUUCACCUCCUCCUCGCUCGGCCGACACCUCGACCUAUAUAUCAAGGAAAAAAACCCCAAGCCUCCGGAUGGCAUCCACGACGUCGACGCCAUCCGGAAGCUGCGUCGUGGAAUCACGAGGCGCCAUCCGAGAGCAUCCGUAGGCAGAAAGGGCUCUACUCCCCUCGGCACGCCAAGACCCUCGGCCGCUAGGAGGGGGGGCUCCGGCGCCGACAAGGAGUCCUUCAAGUCGUCGGCUCCCAAGGAUGCCCACUACGCUCUCGACUCCGCCAUCGGCAAGCCUCCCUUCUCGUCGAGGUGGGAGACGACAGACGGCGGUGGCCAUGCCCCGACUGGGAGCUCGUGGGAAGCAAAUGACAUGGCGCCGGAUGCUUCGAGGAGGGCGAGCAUCCCGCGGUCCGCCAGCAGGCAAUCCGUGCAGAAAGCCCAGCUCGACAUGAAGCGGAAGCUAGCAGACGCCGUCGAUACCGCCCGCGCCGCCGAGUUGGCCUUGCACGAGCUCAUCGCUUCCUGGCGGGCAGCCAAGUAUGUUCAACCCAAGGCCGGAAAGCCGUAUUCUCGUGUGCUAAUCCGUGCCAGGCAAAACGCCAGCAAUCCGACCACCCCCUUUGACUUUGAUCCACUCUCCCUCGACUUUCCUGCCCUGACGCUUCAGUGCCUGCGUCCGCCCCCGACGCUGUUCUCCUCCACCCAACAUCCAACCUCGACCUCGUGGUCUGUCCAGUUCCCCGGCCAGCGCGAGUUUGGAGCCAUGAAGUCGUACUUUCGGGACGAACUUCGAUACUGGAAGGCCGCACGUGCAUCCGCCGCCUCCGCCGCCGUCGACGAGACCUCUGCGAAUGCCCAGAAGGAAACGCAGGAGGCCGUCAAGCGGCUCGAAAAGAUUGCCGGUAACCUGGAGACGCAGAUUGAGGAGCAUCUGCAGUCUGCCUACGCCGUCUGGGCUUCCCUGCCGGCGCAGAGACAACAGGAACUGUGGAUAUUGGAGCUCGCUCGAGGCGUCGGCAGGAAGCACAAAGAAGCCGAAAUGGGAAAGGAGCUGCAGCACACGCUGCAGCAGGAAAAUGCCAAGCUCAAAAUGCAGCUCGAACAGGUGCACCGGUUACGGCAACAGCAGGGUGAAUUGCACGUGCGCUCUUCGACAGGUGCUUCCCUCGACCGAGAUCUCCUCGUCUCCGCCUACGAGCAAGCUGUCAAGCAGGGCAAGGUCAUCAUCGGCUUUGACAUGGAAGACCGCAACGCCGAUCUGGGCACCGUCGUCUCCAAUUCGAUAGAGCGAUGGAAGAACGUGAUUUCGAUGACGCGAGCCACAUCCGCCGCCGCCGUGCCUCAGAAGCCUCUGGAUCAGCCGGCCCAGACGCCCGGAAUCAUAAACAGCCCGGCUCAGUCUCAGCCCUCGGCCGUGUCUCAGACGCCGCGACAGCCGACCAACCCUUACCCUACCGGCAAUUACCAGCUCGCGAGGAAAGACCAGGCUGGAAGCGAGCCGGCAACAUCCGCCGGCACCACGAGCCCGCCCUCGGUCAGCGAGGCGAGUGACCAGGAUGCCGAUGCCGAGAUGGAAGACGAUGACAGCUUUGCCAUCAUGCAUACCUCGCCCAUGAAGUCGGCCCACCCACCCGUGCCGAAUCAGGCCGCCCUUGAUGUACCGCGCACCCGACCUCUCAUGCCGCAGCAAGGUGCGACUACGCCCGACAUGCGCUUCAUGAUGCACAACGGAGCAAGCAAUGCCGUGAAUAGGGCGGCCAUGGGUAUGGGUCGGUCGAUGCCCAGCAUGAACAUGUCGAUGCAGGGAAGCCAUUUGGCAGGUGGUGAUCUGGGCAUCAUGCAACAGGUUCGCGGCGAUGCCAUGUACAUGGAAUGA